AUGUUAACAUCUUUUCCUUCUUCAAGAACUAAACAACAUUUAUUAAAAGAUCAAAAUUCCUGUAUUAUAAUACUUAUUGGUAUUUGUUGCUUUUUGGGUUGUUUAUUAUUAUAUUUUGGUUCACAAGAAUUAUAUAAAUUUAAAACAUUAAUUAUUCGUCAUUGUCAAGUUAAAACAUUUGAUGUAAAACAUGAAAGACAAAGUUAUUUUCCACGUUGGAAUAUUACGAUCAUAUAUAAAAAUGAAACAAUCGAUGAUUUUUUAAGAGAAUCAGUUGGUACAAGAUCAGAACGAUGGGCAUGGACUACAGCUCGAAAAUAUAAAAUCAAUGAAACAUAUUUAUGUUAUCAUUCACGAAACGAAACAUCAAUUAUUCAAUGGGGUUGGCAAUGGAAUCAACCAAUAGAGUUGAAAGCCUAUGCUUUUUUAUUGUUUGCCGUAAUAUUUUUCAUUAUAGCGAUAGUACUUCUCAUAUGGAGACAAUAUUUUAAAACAAAACUUAAUAAUACACAACAACAGCGACAAUUAUCAACAUUGUUAGCAAACGAAGAACAACAAUUAGUCUCAUCGUUACAAGAAAGUUCACGUUCCACUUAUAAUAAAUCGAUAAAAAGACAAUCGAAGUUCUAA